ACUUAAUGGUUUAUCCUGAUGCUGAUUACUUUGUAAUCAAAGAUGAUAAGUAUAAGGAAUAUGAUGAUUUGAUGAAAUUCAUGAAUGUAAUCCAAUUAAUCAAAUGUUCUUUGGUUGAAAUGUUUCUACAAAAAUAUAUUAUUCUUGAAGAUUUAGAAAUUGAAAUUUCUAGAAAUUCUACUAUUACUGAAUUAAGCUUUUCUGAUAAUCAACUCGGUUUAAGAGAAGUAAAAAUUCUUUUUGAACUUUUAUCUUUGGAAUCUUUACUUCUUAUAGAUAAUCAAUUUAAUUUGUAA